GGAUGAAUGAGAAAGGUCCAUUUGUAUCGUAUAUAGAUACGUACAAGGAUGAAUAACUACUAAGAAGACAGUGAAAAGUGACACUAUAUCUUACAUUUCUGACUAUUUCAGUCUGCCGGCUUCCAGAUUCUGCAAUGUUGAUUUGGCCCAUUUAGCUACCUCAUGUCUGCAAGUCCCUAUUGUCCUCGACAAGUCACAACUGCAAGCUACAAGUCAUCUUUGUAAAUUCAGCUAAUUGACAAUUUGCAGCGACAUCAUAUAUGUUUCUUUCCAGUUGUCUUACUAGUGAACAGUGAUCACUCUUAGCUUCAUUAAGGGGAAUGCAAACUGUAGUGUCAUUUUGCAAACACUCGGCUUGUCCAUCAAGGAUGGAUCGAACUUCCUUCUGGGCACUGCCAAUUUUGAUCCUUCUUCUUUUCCCAAUUGCAGAUUCUGAAUUACAGCAAGUGACAGAGGCACUAGUUUUGUUCAUGGAGAAACUUUCACCAGGUAAUGUUGUAAGAGCUCCGAAUUGGGGCUGGAACACGAGUUCAGACCCCUGCGAUGACAAAUGGGUGGGUGUAACUUGUGAUGAUGCAACACAGCUGUUUGUUAAAAGAAUUGUUCUUGAAGGGUUUAAUCUCACUGGCAUUCUUGAUGCCAGUUCCGUCUGUAAGGCAAGCUCCCUUUCUGUCUUGAGCCUGAAAGGAAACAGCAUUUCUGGAAUUUUAGCUGAAGACAUUUCGAUUUGUAAACAGUUGACUCACCUCUUUUUAAGUGGGAACAAAUUCUCUGAAAAGCUUCCUGAUUCUCUAUCACAGUUAAGUAAUUUGAAAACGCUUGAAAUAGACAACAAUAACUUCUUUGGCGAGCUUCCUGAUGUGUCUCGGAUUUCAGGCCUGAUAACCUUCUAUGUUGAAAAUAAUCAGCUUAGUGGAGAAAUACCGGAUUUCGAUUUUCUCAAUCUUCAAGAGUUUAAUGUCUCCAACAACAACUUCAGUGGUCCAAUUCCUGAUGUCAAAGGCCGGUUCAAUGCUGAUAGCUUUUCUGGUAAUCCUGGAUUAUGUGGAAAGCCACUAUCAAGUACUUGUCCACCAACUCCCCCACCUGAGAAGAAAGCAAAAGAUUCAAAUAAUCAUGUUCUUUUAUACUCAGGCUAUGUUAUCAUUGGUCUGUUUAUUUUACUGUUCUUUUCUUUGAGAAUUGCUAGGACAAAGAAGCCCAAAGCGAAGGCAGAUGCUGUAAAGAAAGUAUCACAGGACGCUGGUAGCGGUAAGCCUAGUGGUACUUCAAGUGGAUCAAAGACUGGUGAGAAUAGAUCAGAGUAUUCCAUUGCAAUUGCUGAGGGUGGAAUUGCCCCAUCAUCGCUUGUAGUUUUUUCGAGUCCUGUAGUGAAGGGAUUAAGAUUUGAAGAAUUGCUUCAAGCUCCAGCUGAAUUGCUUGGAAGGGGAAAACAUGGAAGUCUCUACAAGGUCAUGCUUGACAACAGGAAGAUCGUGGCUGUGAAAAGGAUAAAAGAUUGGGCCAUUUCAUGUGAAGACUUCAAGAGAAGAAUGGAGAAGAUAGACCAAGUGAAGCAUCCGAAUGUAUUGCCCCCAGUUGCAUAUUAUUGUUCCAAACAAGAGAGGCUCUUGGUUUAUGAAUAUCAGCCCAAUGGCAGUCUCUUCAAGCUUCUUCAUGAAUCCGAAAAUGGCCAAUCAUUUGACUGGGGAAGUAGACUAGGAGUUGUAGCUGGAAUUGCAGAGUCUCUUGCAUUCAUGCAAGACAAACUUCAUGAAGAUGGAAUUGCUCAUGGUAACCUGAAAUCCACCAACAUUUUGUUCAAUAACAACAUGGAAUCAUGUGUGAGUGAAUAUGGCCUAAUGGAAAUUGAGAAUCAAGACCAAUUGUUCCUUGCUCAAUCCAGCUAUAGCAAAAUGAAUAGCACCUUCAAAAACGAUGUUUAUGGCUUUGGUGUGAUUCUUCUUGAGCUUCUAACAGGAAAGUUAGUGAAGAAUAUAGGGUUUGAUUUGGCUAAAUGGGUGAAUUCAGUGGUUAGAGAGGAAUGGACUACUGAAAUAUUUGACAGAGCCUUAAUUUUAGAAGGUGCAAAUGAAGAGAGGAUGGUUAAUUUGUUACAAGUAGCAUUGAAGUGUAUAAAUCCUUCACCAAAUGAAAGGCCAACCAUGAAUCAGAUUGCUGAAAUGAUCAAUGCAAUACAAGAGAAAGAAGAGAGAUCCAUAGGCUUGGAAUCAUGCUGAACCAAGCAAUUGACUACAGCAACAUGUUUGAUGUGAAAGAAUUUUGCUGGGAAAUGCCUGUUUAUAUACAUACAUACAUACAUAUAUAUAGUUUUGUGAUUUAUUCAUAUAUUCAACAAUUUUCAAUAUUUCAUUUCAUUGUCUGUGUUACUGCAGUGUAUUUGUUUGCCAGUUGAUCAAUCUAUGGCUUGAAUGCUAAGCUUGUUUACAAA